AUGACAGCCGGUCCGCUUGAUAUGUCACGAUGGGGUGGUCUUGCCUGCAACAAAUGCCAUGGCUUGUUAGACCAUGUUUGCUGCGCACAGCCUCGCCAUCACGAGGACGCCUGGGCGCUGUUUCCGCAUCGUCACUUCCAUGAGCAGACGUGGACGGUGCCAGGAAGUCACUUCAGAAGCCAGAUCGAUUAUGUGCUGAUCAGUAACAAAUGGCGAAGUGCUCUUUACAACACAGGCGAAACGAGGUGA